CAAUAUCUCAGUUGUCACAGUCAUCCAAGUCAAGGCAUUACAUCAAGAUCCCAGUGCUUCAAACGACUGGGUGGAGCGCCAAAUCUUUUUAAUCGAAUGCAAACGCCCGUCCAUGGACACUCCGGCCGACUGGGGCGACACUGCCAGAAGCCAACUGAAGGAUGAUGUCUCACCAUCUUUGCACGCAUCUGACAGACUAUUUGGUGCGCUCGCUAUUGGCAAGAAGGUGAGGUUCUAUCAAUUCAAUGGGGAAUCACUAGAGGAUCAAAAGCUAGUAGCGCUGCACCAAGGCACGAUCGAUAUGGAUGAAUCAACUGGUAUCACUCAUGUCGAGAACAUGCUGGACUAUAUCAAGGCGAAUCGAUGGAAUUGGGCUACCUGAUGUUGGGGAUAUCAGUCAGGUCAAGUCCUCCCAAAAUGCCGUUCGGCUUCUUGUUGCAAUGGCUGGGAUAUCAGACCCCACAGCGUGAUAAACGAUCGCCCAGCGUGCUGGAUGAGGCUUUUUUAAGAAUCUUGCAAGUUUAACCCUAUAUUGAGCCGGACUGUCAACUGUGCAUACUGUGGAAGAUGGCAGUGGAUACAACAGGUCAAAGCAUGGUCUGUCGCCGACUGCAAAGCAGCCUCCCAUUGUUUUCUUCACUUGUUUUUUUUUUUGUUUCCUCUUCUGGCAGACUUGGACGCUCUCUUC